AUGCAGACAUUAAGGCAGGCUCGUGGACAUUUAAAGGGUUCGAUAACGCGUGCGCAUGCUUAUAUUCUAGAAGUAGAAGAUGAAGAUAUAGACAAUUUAGAAACGCGGUUAGAACGGUUAGAGGAAAUUUGGAAGGAUUUUUGCUCUAAUCAUAAUGAGUUUUUUCAAUAUUCCGAGCAAGAGGGAUACGGUGAUCCCGAAAUUGAUUUUAUUUAUACGGAGAAAAAAUAUCUCGAUGCCAAAAGUGCAUUUGUGAAAGCGAUUAGAAAGAACACUCCUUCAAUUCCUCCCCCUCUUCCACCACGUUGUCAAGCUAAUGGUGAUUCGUUGGAAGAUUCUUCCAAGCAACAAGCCGCCUUGUUAGAGACUCUUUUACGCAAUCCGUCGGUUUCGAAACUAUCGAGUGAAAUUGAGUUGCCAAAGUUCAAAAUAACUCCUUUCGGUGGCGAUUACCGCGAAUGGCCUGAAUUUCGGGACAUGUUUUUAGGAAGCGUCGGUUGCAAGGAAAAACUUCCGGGUGCUCAAAAAAUGCGUUAUUUAAAAUCGUUUUUGACUGAUGAAGCUGCAAAACUUUUAAACGGGAUGGAGAUAGCGGAUUGCAAUUAUGAUCUAGCGUGGGAAAAACUCGAGCGUCGGUAUAAUAAGCCGUUGUACAUUAUAAACGCGCAUAUUGAAAGUUUUAUGAAAAUGCCAACGGUGGUCGUCGCGGACAGUGGACAUUUACGCCGGUUAGCUGAUAAAUCAGAUGACGUUAUUCGUGGUUUAAAGGCUCUGAAAUCCGAAAGCAGAGAUCCUUGGCUGAUUUAUCUAAUGCUAAGUAAGACCGACUCAGAUACGCGUAAAGCUUGGGCACUUCAUAAUGACAAUUCAGAAAAAACAACAGUUCAGGAAUUAAUCGAUUUUUUUGAAAAAAGAUGCGAUGCUUUGGAAGCUUGCACAACCAAAUCUCAUGAUUCGAAAAACCGUAGUAAUAAAGUAACAACGCGUUCGGGUAGUUCGUCGAACAAUAUUAAAAGCCUUGCCGUAUCAAAUUUCGUGUGUCCAAUGUGCAAACAAAAUCAUAAUCUGCCACAGUGUUCUCAAUUUCUUGUCUUGCCCAUUACUGCUCGUCGAAGCUUUGCUAGGGAUCAAAAACUAUGCUACAAUUGUUUAGGAAGCAAUCAUUCUUCAUCGCGAUGUCGAUCGAAAGCUCGUUGUCCUCAUUGCCGUAUUCGUCAUCAUCUGUUGGUUCAUCUAGAUUCGCUAUCCUCGGUUAGUGAAGCUAACAAUUCAAAUGGAGCAAUUGCCUCGACAUCUCAAGCUUCCUCGUUGCCUAUUGUUAGCAACCACAUUCAAAACGAUAUUCGUCCCUCCGGUAUUUUACCAACAGUUUUGGUUCAGAUUCCAGAUAUUUUUGGUAACAAACAUCUUUGUCGCGUUCUGCUCGAUACGGGAUCUCAAGCUUCCUUUGUAACUGAAAAUUUGGUAAAAAGAUUACAUCUUCGCCGUCGUCAUGCUCGCGUUCCUAUUUCUGGAAUCUCUUCGCUUGAAGCUGGUGUUACACAGGGUGCCGUAACCCUAAAGCUUAAAUCUUGUUUUGAUUCAAAUGAAAUGGAUGUCGAAGCCUUCAUUUUGAAUCAAAUAACUUCGAAAACUCCUCCUUUGCCUCUUGACCUUGAUAGAUCAUUAUUGUUGAAUGAGUUGAGAUUGGCUGACCCAGGUUUCAACGUCCCAGGUCCUAUUGAUAUUUUGUUAGGAUCUGACAAGGCCUGGAGUAUUUUGCUUGAUGGUCGUCACCUUGAUAACAACGGUAACUUGAUUGCCCACAAUACCAUUUUUGGGUGGGUAAUAACCGGUAAAUGUCCAAAGGAGGAAAUUGUUUCCUUAACAGUAGGGAUUAUGCAGGAUGUUGAUGUUCUUCUGAAAUCGCUUUGGGAAAUUGAAGAACUUCCACAUAACACCUAUUCAUUGGAUUCUGGUGAUUUUGCAGACUCUCAUUUUUGCAAAACUUUCUCUCGAGCGCCUAAUAACAAGUAUGUCGUGGAGUUGCCUUUUCGUCAAAAGGAAGUUGAUUUUAGAAACACUCUUUCAGGAGCAUUAUCUCGGUUGUUUGCUAUGGAGCGUCGCUUCUCUCACCAGGAAAAUCUUCGCUUGGAGUAUUGUCGGUUUAUGGAAAUUUAUCAGGAGUUAGAGCACAUGGAGAGUAUUCCAGAAAGCGAAAUUGAACCGAAUUCUAUUAAAAUUUUCUACUUACCUCAUCACGCGGUUGUAACAAACAAAUUACGUGUUGUUUUCGACGGAUCUCAUAAGGAUGCAAACGGUACCAGCUUAAAUGAGAUGUUACAUAUAGGACCUCCACUUCAGCGUAAUUUGAUUAAUGUUUGUUUGCGGUUUAGAGUUCCUAGAUAUGUUUUUUGUGCUGACAUUAUCAAGAUGUUUCGCCAAAUUUGGGUGGAUAAAAAAAAUCGUGACUUUCAACGCAUUGUGUGGCGAAAAAGUCCUGAUCAACCUAUCAAACACUAUCGACUGUGUACAGUCACUUACGGCACUUCUUCUGCCCCAUUUCUAUCGAUGCGAGUUCUGAAACAACUUGCCAUAGAUUAUGCGGAUAAGUUCCCUGUAGCAUCACAUGCUAUAUUGCAUGAUUUUUAUGUUGACGAUAUAAUGACCGGUUCGGAUUCUAUAUCAGGUAUAUUGGAAUUGAAAGCAGAGUUGGUUGAAUUGUUGUCCUGUGGCGGUUUGCAGUUGAGCAAAUGGAGUUCCAAUUGUUGGCCAGUUUUGCAGGGGUUAAAUUGUGAGCCUUCAUUUUCUCUUGAUUUGGAUAGCGCUGAUAAUUGUACAAAAGUUCUUGGACUAGUUUGGAACCCUCAUCGUGACAUAUUUACUUUCAAAAUUUCGUUGGAGAAAAAAUCGCCAUUGUCACCCACUAAACGAAUGCUUUAUCAGAGAUUUCAAAAAUCUUUGAUCCCUUAG